CUAACGACACUCAUCAAAUGUUAUUAUUCGUGUGCUUGUGGAGCGAGCGUGCGGUCGAAACCCGUACCAAAUCUAAGCAUGGUGCUUUAGUUUUACGUCCGACUGCAACAGUUUAUUAUAAGCAAUACGUAGGCACAUCGGUUAAAAAAGUCGCCGUUUCUGCAAAGGGACUCACGAUCGGUGUCAGGGUUCGAGAUCCUAGAAACGUCGACAUGCCUCGUACUCGGUAGUAAGGAUUCUUAUUCGCUCGGGGAAUUCCGUAGAAUGGUAAAAACAUUGCAUUUUGAAACAUGGUUCCUCAGAUUGUCCUACAAAAAGAUAUAGGUGUCGGGGAAAGAUGAGCACGCAGUCAUACACCAUGAAUAUUUCAUCUGCAUUUGCCGAGAGUCCAACAGAGGUGGACCCUGCGGUGGAAGCCCUCCGGAUCGUGUACGUAUUCUUCACGGAGUAUGGAUGGAUUGCCAUCGUGCUUCCAGGGCUCUUUGGAAAUGUCAUGUCGGUGGUGAUGUCACUGCAAGCGGAGAACAGGCGCGUUUCGACGUGUAACUAUAUGACUGCCCUCGCCUUGGCCGAUUCUGCAGUCCUCAUUGAGGUCGCGUGGGGUUGGCGAGGACUUGGUGCAAUAUUUUGGUUUAAGGAAUCGCCGCCAUCAGAGCUUGUGAAACAACUGAUGUGGUAUGAAGGUCAUACAUUCGGCAUGUUGUCCGGUUUUUUCCUAGCCGAGAUGACCAUUGACAGACUAAUCGUAGUCAGGAACCCAAUGGCCGCACGGAGGCUCUGCACGACUCGCCGCGCAUGCGUCACCAUUGUCUUGACGUUCAUCGUUAUCUGUGGAGUGCAGGUCUACAUUUUCUUUGCCUAUAAACAUGAACCAAGUGACAUCAUGGGUGAGGGUCCAAUCAUUAUGACAGUCCCAGGCGCGCCUGAACUCGAAACACUUGGUACGGUAUAUAAUUUUGCUUUUGGAACUGUCAUACCUUUUAUUGUUAUUGUAUUUUGCAACGUAUGGAUAAUAAUCGUACUGCGGAAAGCAUCGAAGAAAAGUGGAGUUAUGGGCGUCAACGAAAAAACGCAGAAAGCAAGAGAAAAGGAGACAACUUAUUUGACCCGGAUGUUAACCCUCGUCAGUAUUGCUUACGUCGUGACGUCAAUUCCGUAUAGACUGUAUGAUAUCAUCAUUGGACUGCCUGAGGUUAAAAGUCAGUAUGAUAUGAAGGACGAAUACUGGAAGUUACGAUAUAAUUGUCAAUUUUUGAUAAUAGUGGAAUUUUGGGAUGUCAAUUAUGGGAUUAACUUUUAUUUGUAUUGUUUAGGGGGUGGUAAGAAAUAUAGAGAUGGCGUCAAGGAAAUAUUCAGCAAAAUGAUUUGUAAAAAGUCAGAUGAUAAGUAAAUAGAUAUUAACGUUUUCAUUGUCACGGUACUUAUCGGUUUAUUAUCGGGGAGAAACACUGCUCAUUACCAUACUAGAUAAAACCCUGUGCCAUGACCAUGAAAAUAUCUUAUCAACGUCUAUCUUAUUCCAUAACAAGUAUAUUUUGAAACGGAAGGGAAUAAGGAAACUACAUGUACUCGCAAGUUUGACAGCGCGAUAUGAGAAUGAUUUAUAUGUUAAAAUAUGCGUCGUAAUAGCUAUCACAUUUUUCUCUUUUAUCUACAUAUAAGAGUUCGACAACAGUAUCAACUUAUUAGAUCGGUGGAUGUCACGAAUCGGGCUGAGGUCUUCCUCCGUUCCACACAGUUUGGUCCUCCGGCCCUGUCGUUCUCCGAGGGGGUUCAAACAGCGUAGGCUUGGUUAUGGCUCGCUCAUAGCUGUUGUCCCGGUAAAGUUGGUUACGAGAGGAUAUACGGUGGGGGGCCUGGUCUGAGCAGUCAGUCACUCUCUACCGUAUGAACUCUCGUGACAGUCUGCAGUCUUCUUUGCAAAAAGGACACCCAGGCUGCGUAUCCAUACAUUGAAUACUAUUCGAGUGACGCACAAUUCGAUGUGCUUCAGGGGAUCAUAUAGGCCUACAUAUGCGCAGUAUCAAAUGCCUUCUAGUUGUCUAGAAAUGCAAAAAAUGUCGAAGAGCAUUCAAUGAAGUGUGCAAUAGUCUCCUUUAAUAGAAAGGCUGCAGCGCUGCAACACAGCAGGCAUAUUAUCUGUCAUGUAGAAAUCGAAUCACAAAGUUAACCAAAAUAUUCCCAAGCAUGACUUUAUCUAAACUUUUUAUGGGUUAUCCACGUCAUUAAACGAGAAACUGUUAUAAAAUUGAUGCACUAUAGAAGGAUGAGAGAUGGAUCGGCCGCUAUUCCGAGACGUAAAAAGAUAUUUCAUAAAACGGUGGUCAAAUCUGCUGUACCCGCCGAUCUGUCGGCGUCGUGCGUCGGUAUCCUUUCUCUGUAGAGAACACAGAGACUUAGGAGCGUCACACACCGCUGAUAAAUCGGCAUGCUAUGAUAUGAAUGAUGACAACAUUACGUCAGACUGAUCGACAUUGGACCAUGAUUAAGCAAUAAUGAUGAGUGGUCUGUGAUUUGGUUGUGAUGUGGAUGACUGUCCAUCAGGCAUGUCUGUCACACCCUUUCAUUUCACUCAAAGGUUUCGAAAAUGGAGAGUUACCAGAAGUAUUACAUGUACCACUACCACUAAGUAUGGCAUGGGAACAAUUUCGGACAGGUUUUGUGUGUCCACCUUCUGGAUAUAGAACUUUAAAGACAGGCAUUUGUUUCUGAAUAACCCGAUGGAUAGUAACUCAGACUUGUGCGGAGAAUGCAAGAGCACGCGCAUGUACGGAUAUAAUACAUGUAGCUAGAAGUUAUACAAUAUUAUAUGACAGUAGCCUCGGGGGGUGUACAGGCCAUAUAGAGCAACCAGACACCAUAACUGCUCGGUCGAUUCCAGCACGAUGGUUCCUCGAAUAAUCACCCUGAAAUUGAAUAUCACGCACCUUACAUGUAAAUGUAUCGUCUUUCGAGCAGUUAGACGAAUGGAUGAUUACCGUGCAGAGGCACAAAAAUACCAAAACGCCAGCUUUCCUAACAACACUCAUCAAAUGUUACUAAUAAUAAUAUUGCAUUUUGAAGCAUGGUUUCUCAAAUUGUCCUGCAAAUAGAUAUCGGUGUCGGCAAAGAUGAGCGCGCAGUCAUACACCUUGAAUAUUUCAUCUGCAUUGGCCGAGAGUCCAACAGAAGUGGACCCUGCGGUAGAAGCCCUCCGGAUCUUGUACGUAGUCUUCACGGAGUAUGCAUGGGUUGUUAUCGUGCUUCCAGGGAUCUUUGGAAAUGUCAUGUCGAUGGUGAUGUCACUGCAAGCGGAGAACAGGCGCGUUUCGACGUGUAACUAUAUGACUGCCCUCGCCUUGGCCGAUUCUGCAGUCCUCAUUGAGCUCGCGUGGGGUUGGAGAGGACUUGGUGCAAUAUUUUGGUUUAAGGAAUCGCCGCCAUCAGAGCUUGCAAAACAACUGAUGUGGUAUGAAGGUCAUACAUUCGGCAUGUUGUCCGGUUUCUUCCUAACCGAGAUGACAAUUGACAGACUAAUCGUAGUCAGGAACCCAAUGGCCGCUCGGAGACUCUGCACGACUCGCCGCGCAUGCGUCACCAUUGUCGUGACGUUCAUCGUUAUCUGUGGAGUGCAGGUCUACAUUUUCUUUGCCUAUAAACAUGAGCCAAGUGACCCCAAGGGUGAGGGUCCAAUCAUUAUGACAGUCCCAGGCGCGCCUGAACUCGAAACACUUGGUACGGUAUAUAAUUUGGCUUUUGGAACUGUCAUACCGUUUAUUGUAAUUGUAUUUUGCAACGUAUGGAUAAUAAUCGUACUGCGGAAAGCAUCGGAGAAAAGUGGAGUUAUGGGCGUCAACGAAAAAACGCAGAAAACAAGAGAAAAGGAGACAACUCAUUUGACCCGGAUGUUAAUCCUCGUCAGUAUUGCUUACGUCGUGACGUCAAUUCCGUAUAGACUGUAUGACAUCAUCAUUGCACUGCCUGGGAUUAAAAGUCAAUAUGAUAUGAAGGACGAAUACUGGAAGUUACGAUAUAAUUGUCAAUUUUUGAUUAUAGGGGAAUUUUGGGAUGUCAAUUAUGGGAUAAACUUUUAUUUGUAUUGUUUAGGGGGUGGUAAGAAAUAUAGAGAUGGCGUCAAGGAAAUAUUUAGAAAACUGAUUUGUAAAAAGUCCGAUGAUAUGUAAAUUGAUAUCAACGUUUUGAUUGUCACGGUACUUAUCGGUUUAUUAUCGGGGAGAAACACUGCUGAGAAAGGCUCAUUACCAUACUGUAAAUAAAACCCUGUGCCAUGACCAUGAAAAUAUUUUAUCAACGUCUAUCUUAUUCUAUUUGAACAAGUAUAUUUUGAAACGCAAGGGAAUAAGGAAACUACUCACAAGUUUGACAGCGCCAUAUGAAAAUGAUUUAAAUGUUAAACUAUACGUCGUAAUACCUUACCUACAUUUUUUUUCUCUUUUAUCUACAUGUGAGCGCUUCUUAGAUCAGUGGAUGUCAGGGCUGAGGUCUUCCUCCGUUCCCCACAACUUGGUCCUUCGGCCCUGUCGUUCUCCGAUGGGCUUCAAACAGCGUAGGCUUGGUUAUGGCUCUCUCAUGGCUGGUGUCCCGGUAAAGUUGGUCUCGAGAGGAUAUACGGUGGAGGCCUGGUCUGAACAGUCAAUCCUCCUCCUCCGUAUGAACUCUCCUGAGUCUGCAGUCUUCUUUUCGAAAAGGACACUCAGGCUGCGUAUCUUUACAUUGAACACUAUUCGAUUGACGCAAAACUGGAUGUGCUUUAGGGGAUAAUAUAUAGGCUUACGUAUGCAAAUUUUUGUCUAGAAAUGCCAAAAAAAUGUCAAAGAGCAUUCAAUGAAGUGUGCAAUACUCUCCUUCAAUCGAAAGACUGCAGCACAGCAGGCAUAUCGUUUUGCAUGUGGAAAUCGAAUCACAAGGUAACCAAAAUAUUCCCAAGCAUGACUUUAACCUUUAUCUAAGCUUUUUGUGGGUUAUCCACGUUACUGAAGGAGUGUUUGUAGAUGAGAAACCGUUAUAAAAUUGAUGCACUAUAGAAGGAUGAGAGAUAGAUCGGCCGCUAUUCCGAGACGUAAAAAGAUAUCCCAUAUAACUGUGUUCAAAUCUGCUAUUCACGCCGAUCUAUCAGUGUUGUGCAUCUGUGUUCUUCCUCU